GUUUGUGGGCGGGGCCUGACGCUACGGGUGUGUGUGUGUGCGGGGCCUGACGCUACAGGUGUGUGUGUAUGCGGGGCCUGACGCUACAGCAGGUCCCCUGGUCGCCAUGGCAGCCAGCAGGAGUGUGAUGAGAGCGGUCCGAGUGUUUGAAUUUGGUGGCCCUGAAGUGCUUAAACUCCAGUCAGAUGUGUUAGUUCCUGCUCCAAAAGAAAACCAGGUAUUAAUUAAAGUCCAUGCCUGUGGGGUCAAUCCUGUUGAGACAUACAUUCGCUCUGGGACCUAUGCCAGGAAACCAGCUUUGCCCUACACUCCUGGCUCGGAUGUGGCUGGGGUGGUUGAAGGUGUCGGGGAACACGUGACUGCAUUCAAGAAAGGUGACAGAGUUUUCACCCUUGAAACGCUUUCUGGAGGAUAUGCAGAAUAUGCAGUGGCUGCAGCCAGCAGAGUCUUUCCUUUGCCAGACAAACUGGACUUCAGGCAGGGAGCCGCGCUCGGAGUGCCCUGCUUCACUGCCUACCGGGCCCUUUUCCAGAAAGGCUGUGCCAAAGCAGGGGAAAGCGUGCUGGUUCAUGGUGCCAGUGGGGGGGUGGGACUAGCAGCAUGUCAGAUUGCCAGAGCUUGUGGUUUGAAGGUUUUGGGCACAGCAGGGACUGAGGAGGGCAUGAAUGUGGUCCUGAGAAACGGCGCUCACCAAGCCUUUAAUCACAGAGACCCGGAUUAUACAGAGAAAAUUAAGGCGUGCACAGGGCCGGGAGGAGUGGACAUCAUCAUAGAAAUGCUCUCCAAUGUCAACCUGGAUGCGGACUUGCAGCUGCUGUCCCGUGCAGGGAGGGUGCUGGUCGUGGGCUGCAGGGGACGCAUCGAGAUAAACCCAAGAGACACAAUGAGCAAGGAGUCCAGCAUUAUUGGAGUGAGUCUGUUUCUUGCAACUGAGGAGGAAAGGCGUGAAUGUGCCACAGCAGUCCUUGAUGGCAUAGAAGCUGGCUGGCUGAAACCAGUUGUGGGCUUGGAAUAUCCCCUGGAGAAAGUAGCCAAGGCCCAUGAAGACAUUAUUUGUAGCAGUGGUGCCCGAGGGAAGAUGGUGCUCCUUCUAUAAAGGAGCACCCUUUUCCAUUUAUUUUGUAGCUGUUCUAACUGCACCGUUGCUUACAUGGUUCACUGAAUGUAUGUUAUAAACAUACCUUUGAUCAUGUUUGACAGUAGCAGAAAAUGCUCACUUAGAUGAAUUAGCUAACAUUUUCUUUUUGUAAUAAGCAGAGUUGCAUUUACUGUAAUGUAAUUUUGGUAGCUUUUUUGAUUGAUGUGGCAAUAAUAAAUUUUCUCUGCUGGCGUACUUUGUGCUGCAGGGAAUGGUAGGGUUUGGUAUCAUGGAACAUGUGAAGGCCACUGUAGGUAACAGAAUGAAGAUGCUUUUGACAGAUACACAGAAGUAAACAACUCACUAUGUGUGUUAAUACAAAUUGUAAAUUCUUUUAGCCACAAAGUGUAUACUGAAAUUUUGUACUCAAAUUUUGUCACGUAAUUUACUUGAAAUUAAAGCUUUUACUGACAAAAUAGUUUUCUUUCCAGCUGAAAAGAUGGGCAGAAUCUCUCAAACGGGAACUGUUUGGAGCCGAGGCAGUUGUUCUUGUCUGUGCCUCUGAGGCUGAGGUGACAGCAUCCUGCCCAUCCAGAGGGACUGUCACUCUGGAGCUGCAUCCUGGGAUUCGCCUCCUUGGAAAUGACAAUCAUGACCAAAACAGCUCAUUUCUGGAUGGUGAAUGGCUGAGUGUGAAGAUUUCAGUUCUUCCCAUGAGCUUUAAUAAAAGUCUCCUGGAUCCCUGGCUGCCCUGAGAGCGGAGGGGAGAGUGUAGGCUGCA